AUGGCGGCCCCUCAACAGCAGCCGCAGGCCCCGUCUCAGGCCCCGGCGCCCGGGCCGCAGCUCACGCUCCAGGCGGGCCCGGGGCCGCAGCCCCAGCUGCAGGCCCAGGCGGCCGCGCAGGCCCAGGCCCAGGCCGCCGCGCAGGCGCAGGCGCAGGAUUUCGACCCCGUGCAGCGCUACAAGAUGCUGAUCCCGCAGCUGAAGGAGAGUCUGCAGAACCUGAUGGAAAUCGCGGCUCAGAAUUUUGUCCAGAACACGAACAUCGAUAAUGGGCAGAAAAGCAACGACGGGUUGGUGCAGCGCUUCGACAAGAGCCUGGAGGAGUUCUACGCCCUGUGCGACCAGCUGGAGCUGUGCCUGCGGCUUGCCUAUGAAUGCCUGUCCCAAAGCUUCGACAGUACCAAGCAUUCCCCCAACCUGGUGCCAACGGCCACCAAACCCGAUGCGGUGCAGACAGAGAGCCUGCCCUACACCCAGUACCUGAGCAUGAUCAAAUCCCAGAUCUCCUGUGCCAAGGACAUCCACAAUGCCCUGCUGGAGUGCUCCAACAAGAUCACCGGCAAGAUCCCCGCCCAAGGGGGGCCGUAGCCCAUGGUGCCAGCACAGUUGUUGCUCCUGCUCCGCGGCCAGCGUGGUUUGAAGGAGACUUGGAUCGUUUCCAGGCUGACGCUGUGUCAGGUGGUGAAACUCUACAAACUUGCAUCUGACCCAUGGCCCGUCUCAUGUCCUCUGAAUUCCCUGCGUGGGUAGAUGGUCUCAUUUGUAUCAAGAGUGAAACGAACAUCCCUGGUCCGCUUCCUCCUCCCCUCUUGUUCUCCUCUAAUUCCCUCUGGUCUUACUCCUUCCCUCCCCGCUCUCCCAUUUCUCAUGUUCCCUCCUUUCCCCCCUCAUCUUUCUCGCAUCUCCUAGGCCUGAUCCUCAGCUGCCAUCAGUCGUCAGACCUUCACCGAACUCACUGCUGUGACGCUAGCCUAUGCCACCUGCUGGCUUGGCCCACGUACAUUCAGGACACAUUAGCUUGGCUAAAACUGACUCACCCAGCACAGGAUCUAUUUGCUGAAGUCUCUCAUGCCAGGGCCUAAGCACCCUCCACUCCCCUUUGACUUCAGGAGGGGCCAAGGAGACCUGAGAUUGUGCUGCUAAUGAAGUGAGGAGGAUCAGACAGAAUCUUUCUCUGCCAUCAAAUUAAAACUUCCCCCUACCCCAGGCGAAUGGGUUAGAUUGUAGCUUUCCAGGUUGGUGGGUGUAUUAUUUAUUUUUCUUAAACAGUAAUAAUCAUUUCAGAGAAAUGCCAUUGAGUUAAAACAAGCCCAGGUGUUAAUUUCCCCCAGCCACCACACUGACUUUGCCUCACUGUAACCCUUCUGUCCUUUGAGACAUUUCUCUCCUGACCUGCAUGGAGCGAGAGGGGAAUCGGACUCCAGCUCAUUUAAAGCUGGUUAAUGAUAACGCCUUGGAUCAUUCAAAACAGAGGGCUGGACUGUGAUUACAUUCACACCAGCAUGGAGCAGAAGUAAUGAACAGAAUUAUCUCUGCGUCGGACUGGCAUAAAACAUAAAGGAGAAUCAGAUCCAAAGAAUGAAUUAAAGCAAAACAGCUUUGAUUCAGUUUGUUUCCCUUUAUUUGUCAGACUAAAUCUAGCCUGCUCAGUUUCAGUUUCCAUUUCUAGUCAGUUUCACUUUCUCUCUCCUUUCCCAAUUUGCUCCAGGGAGCUGAAUUUUACUCCUGGGGGGAAUUCUGUACCACUGAGCACAUGCAGAAUUCCUAUUCCCUGAAUAUUUUUUGUUUCCCUGCAGAAUGAUAGAUUCUGAAAAGGAAGCCACAGGGGGGGUCACAUGCCCCUCCCUGGCAGCAGUCCCAUGCGGGCACAUGGGAGCAGCUGGGAGAGAUGUAAAUCACUGGUGCAUGGCUGGGUGUGCCUGCAAGACGCUGAUCCAGUUGCUCACUAUCGCAAUGCGCCCAGCGGGGAGGGGCAGGGCAAGGCACCGGGUUGUUUGUGGGGCAGGUCUGGCCCUUGCACUGUGUCCGGGGGAGGGGGGCGGGCUGCAGGGUGAUGCCCCAUCUCUGUGCAGCCCCACUGUGUGCCCCUUGCCGCACAUGCCCUGCAGAGGCAUGGGGCUGAUACAGGCAGCUGUGGGACACUGCAAGGAGCCUUGGCUGGGGUGCUGUUUAGGGGGGAUGGGGGGGCACCUUUCCCCCCCGAGUUUCACACUGGAGGUCAGCUCGCGGCACACGCCCCAGCCCCAGGCGGAGCUCCCCCAGGAGCCGGAAUUCUCUGGCUGCAACUCCCGUGGUCAGUUUCCUCCACUGCCCUGGGGCCUCUGGGGGGUGGGGCAAGCAAAGAAGAGAGUGGGAGGGGGGAGCACAAGUCCCCAGAGGUGGUGGUGGGAGGGGGGAAGAAGCAGAGGGUGCACAGGGCUCCCAGUGACCGGGGGGAAGGGGAGUCAAUCUCCAGGGGAAGAGAGAGGUGAAGGCAAAGGGCUGGGCCCUGAGGGAGGGGGGCAGUAAGCAUAAGAGGAGCAGUUGAGGUGGCACAGUCCCUGUGGCAAGGAGCCUGAGGGGGAGGGAGCGGAAGAAGAAUGGGGGACUAGGAGCCGCUAAGUGGGUCUUGGGAUUUGUUUGUUCUCAAGGAAGCAGGGCGCCCCUUCACCUCUUCCUGGGAUGAGACCUGGGACCCCCCACCCCCAACUGAUGCCUUCGCCCAGCUGACCAAUCUGCUCUCUACCUUCCUUCCCACCUCGCCUCCUCCAGGAUGACUUAGACCUUGGUCCUGCAGUGAAGAUCCAUGCGGGCGCAGGGGGUUCUGUAACUCUGCUCUUUGCUCUGUAUUGUUACAGACAUACUUUCUGGCAGGGAUUUUGAAAUAAAUCCCCUCAAAUCAUUGAAACUGGCAGGAUUGUAUUGUGUUAUUUCUGACAAAUAAAAUAUGCAGAAUUUUAAAA